CCUUGCUGUGCAGGGUUUGUCUUUAAGCAGAACUUGCCCCUCCACAAUGUUUGAGACAUUAACUCUUUCAGUCUCUCACAAGUAAGGCGCAUACCUGUAACUGUGUUUACUGUAAGUUCAAAUCUAAGAGACUCUUCUCAGAGCAGGUCAGCAAGAGGAUGAGAGGCAACCAUCACAGACUGCAGCAAGGGAGAUUCCAGUUGAAUAUAAGGGGAAAAAAAUAAUCACAAUGUGAAUAAGCAAGCACUGGAACAGGGGCCUGGAAAGGCUGUAUAAUCUUUUUAUUGAAGACAUCGAAAACUUCCACUGGAUGAGGGUCUGAGCAACCUGAUCUAACUUUGAAGGGAUCAGGUGGCUGGACUAGACGACAUCCCACCAGACAUCCCUUCCAACCUAAAUUAUUCUGUGAUGACGGCACCUACUUCUAAACCAUAUAAACAGAGCAGUGUUAAACACAUCAUAUGUUGGUGAGCAAAUGCAUGAUGGACUGCACAAACAGCCUGCCACAAGAGGGAGGAAAUGCUGGGUUUUGAACACAGCCCAGCACAAGGCUUGUAGUUCCCGGGUGGGCGGGAGCUGAGCUGAAAAGCCCUCUCACAGCUCUCAUGUCUCUGAAAGGGGACGUGUCCAAAUGCCUGCUGAGUGUGAAGCCUGUGACGUGAGCCUAAAGAAAUAGAGGACGUUUCUUGAUUGCUGCUCUGAUGCCAGGAGGACCUGGUGCCAAGCUUUAGCUGUUGCAUCCAACACAGUGGAAUGUGGAUUUUGACUCCACUGCAUUUUCCUAAGAAGGAAAGCAGUAUCACCAGACCAGAGAAAGAGGAGACUGCGCAUUAACAAAGCAGCCUGCUGACUCCCUGCAUCAAACACUGCUGGCCAGCCCUUUCACUGAGAAUUCACGCUGGCCUUACCAGAAGAGAGGCAUUUCAGCUCUGCCUAUACUAUUAAGGCUACAAACUCUGCAGAUUGGAAAUUUUGCUGUUUCAUUGUCAUCAGCAAAUAAUUGUGGUAUCAUUUUGCUUUAGCAAACUGGAAAACGGAAAUGAAGAGAAAUACAACAAAGUUGCUGUGGCUGUUGAUGUUCUUCUCUGAUAUUGUGCCAUUCAGCUAUGAGAAAUCAGUGAGAGAGCGAGCUAUCGAGCUGAUGCAAGAUGCACGUUUAAUCGAUGGCCACAAUGACCUCGUACUGCAGCUGAGAAUAUUUUACCAAAAUAGACUCAGUAGAGUCAACUUAAGAGAACUCAACAAGACCCACACAAACAUUGUGAAACUUCAAGCUGGUUAUGUGGGAGCUCAGUUUUGGUCAGUGUAUGUUCUUUGCAGCGCUCAGAACAAGGAUGCUGUGCGUCUGACCUUAGAGCAAAUUGAUGUUGUCAAGAGGAUGUGUAACAGCUAUGAAGAGCUUGAACUUGUGACAACUUCCCAAGGUAUCUCUGACAGCAGAAGGAUUGCGUGUUUGAUUGGAAUAGAAGGUGGUCACUCCAUUGACAGCAGUUUGGCAACACUGAGGAUGUAUUAUGACUUGGGUGUUCGUUACAUGACUUUAACGCAUUCCUGCAAUACACCUUGGUCUGAAUCAUCAUCUAAAGGAAUACACCAAUUUUAUCCUAGUGUUAUGGGUCUGACUGCAUUCGGCCAAGAAGUGGUAAAGGAGAUGAAUCGCCUGGGUAUGCUGAUAGAUUUAUCUCAUACUUCAUAUUCCACAGCAAAAGCUGCACUGAAUAUCUCAAAAGCACCAGUAAUUUUCAGCCAUUCCUCAGCAUUUUCUGUCUGUAAUCACUCAAGAAAUGUUCCUGAUGAUAUCCUCCAGCAACUGAAAAAGAACAAGGGAAUUAUCAUGGUGACUUUCAAUGCAGAUGUACUGGCCUGUGGCAGAAAAGUUGUUAAUGUGUCUACCCUUGCAGAUCAUUUUGACCACAUAAAGAAAAUUGCAGGUUCAGAAUCAAUAGGAAUUGGUGGUGACUACGACGGAGUGGAACGUUUCCCUGAGGGAUUGGAAGAUGUUUCUAAAUACCCUUCUUUGAUUGAGGAACUUCUAAGAAGAGGAUGGAAUGAAACUGAACUGAAAGGGGUCUUAAGGGAGAACUUUCUCCGUGUCUUCAGGGAAGUGGAAAAUGUGCGGAACUUUAAUAGACUCAUGGAUGUAGGUGAAAGUGAAAUUCUGCAAGAAGUACAAAAUUCCUGUCGCCUAGACCUACAUAAUCAUCAGCUUCAGACAACCAGGUCCUUUGGAUUUCCUUCUGUGGCACAACCUUUUAGUCUGACACUUGUAACUGUAUCAUAUUUAAUACUGUAUUAUGAAUCAUAAGUUCUGUGGAGUCUAGAGAGAGAUAUAUGGAGCAAUCUGCAAUGCAACUAGUUAUCUUUUGGGGGUUUUGUUAAUGUAAAGCUAUGCUAAAUUUUUUAUAUAAUUUUCUAUAAAUUCACCUGCAUACUUGAAAGUUAACAUAGAUUUUAAAUGUUGUAGCAAAAGCAAUUAGAAUUUGAAGGGAUAAAUUCUGUGUCAACUUGGCUAAACCAGGACCAACAUUGUUAAUGGAAAAUAUUCACAUCUAAUGAAUAAAUUCUCCAAUACAUGACACACAGUUUUGGUACCCGUAUUGUGGCACUUGGUAUAAAUACUGGAGUCCAGAAUCAGCAGUUCCACACCAGAACUAGACAAUAUGAUUAAGACAGCUAUGCUGAGAUGUUUUCAGAUGUUACUCCUUGUAAAAUCAUACAACUUUCAUCAUCAGUUGAUGGCUUAAUUGGAGAAGACCACGAGUGGUGGUGUGUUUUGUUUAAUUUUAAGACGACAAGAUGGGUGACAUGGCUAUUUCAGUUCGGAUUUCAUGACUACCACUAGCUUUAGGGAUCCAUCCUGCAGUACUAAACUCUUAUUUUUGAACCCUGACGAGGGCAGUGGGCAACUGGAGAGUUACUGAAGGGUGGAGGUAGGUGUCUUGCAUUCAGGUACAGGUGACAAGGCAAUGUUGUAGAUACUUUUCUAUACAUUGCUUGUUUCUAUAACUUGCUGUUUGCUGCAUGUUCAUGAAGCUGGGAGCAAGAAUAAACCAGGACAAAGCAGGAAUUCUGGCUACUCAGAGGGUGAGAUCUUGGUCUGAUAUUUUUAUUGCAGUCUGAAAAGUAUAAAAUGAGUAUUUAAAUAAAAAUUUUGUUACAAUGUUCCCCAGCUUUGUGGAAAUCUUUUUCACAUUUAAACAAUAAUCCUUAUCAAUAACAGGUUUUAUUAUUUUAUUUUUAUUCUAGCUGGCUAAAAUCAGACCAUUGGCAAAGGAUUCAUAGGCAUCAGAUUAGAAAGAAACCUUUUUAUUAUAAAUCUGUUGCUUCAGCCUUUGGAACACAUUUUUAAAUACACAAGGUAUGUGAGGUUAGAAGCUGCUGUUAUACAGAAGAGCGUAUAGCGCCAUAGGCCUAUUCUUGGUAGGCUAAUAUGGCUCAAACCUGGAAUUUUAAUCAAAUAGUCUGAGAUUUAUGAUGAAACUGUAAGAUGGCAGCACUACAUCUUUGUAGGGUCAUUUCACAGUGCUUGCUGGUAAAUGCCUUCUCAUGAUGCUUGCUGUUAAUUGUGAUUUUUAUCCCAUGAUAUGUGCUUUUAUUUACUGAUGCGACAUCUACAGCAUUUAGCCUUAGUAUAAAAUAAAAGUCCUGUAAUUGAUCUAAGGACAGCAUUUGUAAACACACAAAGUAUUUAACAACUGAAAGCAAGGCUUUCUAAAGUCACUUGCUACUGUUCCCGCCAUCCAUUUCUGCAUUCCAUGUACAAGCAGGGUUUCUGGAAGAAGACUGUUCUUUUAUUGCUUCAAAAUGAAGCUUCAUUCAUUCUUCUGAUAAGGUGGUCUCCUUGAUAAGUAUAUUCUGAAUAUACUACUGCCACUUAAUGAAUUCUUUACAAAUCAUGUUGAAUAAUCUAGUUGCACACAAGCCAAGUUUUUAAGAACAGUUUCUCAAUAAAUACUAGUCCUGGUUAUGCGUCUACAAUGGGGAACUACUGCACUGACUCAGAAGUUCCCAAUAUUGCUUGACUGGCAUCAGAACUUGUUUUACUGGUAAAAUGACGAAUUCAGUAGGGCAAAUGUUUACUUCCCAUCAGUACUUCUGUUAAUAGCUUCAUAAGCCAUUGGAAAACUUCCAUCUAUGGUCUCUUUUCACAGAAUUAGUACUGUGAUAGUAACUUCAUUACAUAUUUGAAAUGUAAGAUGCUUCCUUAUUCCUUCCAGCCUUUUUCUUUCUACUGCAUUAUCACUUGCCUGCCCACUAAUUUCUACUUUUUUUUCCAUACUGAAGCAUGGAUUAAAAAAAUAUUCUUUUUCUUAAAGAUAUGGAUAAUACUUUUAUAUGACUGAUUCCACCAUGCUAUAGAUAUUUGUAGUUUAUUUCCUUGUUUUAUCUACACUGUAUUGCACUUAUUUGUUUGACUGCUUUGUGCAAUGAAUAAUUUGUAACCUUCUGGCAAAACAUAUACAUGAAAUUUAAAUAAAAUAUUGUUUAAAAUUGUGUAUAGGUACUGGUGUAAUCUCACAAAACAAUGUAUAUAUUCAGAAUUCCAGGAAACUCUGAAAGAACCAUGCAACUCUGCUGAAGAAGGAAGGCCAGGGUAUCAUGAGGGCUCUGGGUCUGCUCUUCAAAGGGAAGGUAGCCUCCCCCAUGGCAGGCAGUAGAAAGUCAGGUAGGUUUAACCCUAGAGCAUCCUGGAUGUAGGCAGUCAGCCUCAUCUUCACUCAGAUACCGCCUAACAUAUAGAGAAGUCCGAGCAACUGCCUAUGGAAAGGGAACAUGGAUGACUCAGUCAUUGCUGUGAGUCCAUGAUGACAGUGUUACCUGCAGCAAAUCACUUGGUCAAGCUAGUCAAGUCAUAGAGAACAAGGCUUAUGGUGAACUAGACAGGUUGCCUACGCCAAGAUUAGGAUAACCUCCACUUCACAGCAUUUCUCACAGAUGUGUGAUAAUCUAGAAGUCCCUUUUUCCAUUACAAGUUUCAAUGUUAAUUCAGAAUGCUUCAAAUAAGCUGCUUGUGUGAAACCAAUAUCAGAGUGCAAAAUCGUCAAACAAGAAAUGGAAUCUUGUGCAUCAUGCAAUGAUUAUGGACAUGGUAUCUAGCUUAUCUAAUAGAUGCAGUUAGUUUAUUUUUCUUAAAUGAUCAAAACCACACAGCUUGAAACAUGGUAGAAAGGCAUCUCAUUAGAAUUCCAUUUCAAAAGUAAAAUCAUGUAAGAUAUGGCUGUGACUGCUGUCAGAAAAACUAUAGUGACCCUUCAGUCUGAGUGCUAGUGUCUCCAGUCCUACUGACAGCAGCUUGUAGCAGUAGUCACAACAUUGCAUUUCUAACAGCUCAAGCGUAAAAUGAUUGCACUCUCAUUUCUGCCUCCCAAUGGAGAGGAUGAUUCAUCCUGAAAUUGAAUGCCUUUGCCCUGCACCAAUUAAUAAGAGCAAUUUGCACUGGUAAUUUGAAAUGCCUGCUAGCUCAACUGACAGAUUCUAUUAUGGCUAGUGGUAUCAGUGAAGUAUCAGAUAUAAUUGAGAUACGAACUUUGUAAUAAGCUCUGUUGGCUGCCAAAUGGUGGAAUGCAAGUCAUUAUUUACCUCUUCUAAAUGAGUUAUGCUAACAUGAGUUCCGAAAAUAGUUAUUACUAUUUCUGUAAAUCUCAAAAUCUAUGAAGUACUUUAGGCUGAUUUUCUAAAUAAGAACCAAACUUCAAGGCAUCUUUAACAAUCCAAGGCUCAUACUUUUGCAUGUGUGAUAUGAACAGCCAAAAACUACAGAUGUAAUAUUGAUGCAGACUAUUGAUUUGAUUCUAAAAGGUUGACGCCAGCGCCCUUCCCCCAGUACUAUCCUUUUCCAGACUAAUGGGCUGUAGCAUCCACAGAAAUAAACAACUUCAAUUCUCA